CGGCCGAUUGCCGUCAAUGGAAAAGAAAAUUACGGAAAGUCGUUACGGUCGUGAACUCGUUGAAAAAUUGGGUUCUAUCGUGAUCUGAAACCAGACCAUCUAUCCGAAAAAAUUGGUGUCAAACGCGGUAAUUUUGGGAUCCACGAUUGGGAAAAAUUUCGAUUUUCUAAAUCACCUCCAUGAUAACGCCCUGAUAACGUGUUGAUAUUUUCUUCUAUGACUCGGGCCCGUCCAUCAGGCUAUUAAAAUUACAUUCGUAUAUUUUCAUUUGCCAUUGGGCGUUGGUUGUUCCAUUUUGCCAGUGCUCGAACCUACACCCUACACCCGUCUCCAAGAUUUUUGGCAUUUAGUUAAUUUAAUUUUAGGAUUUUUUUCCCCUUUGUUUUCCGAUUUUCAUUUGUUCUGCGCACCAGCAGCAAAAAUGGCGCUUAGCGAUGCCGACGUCCAAAAACAAGUAAGCAUAAUAUUUUAAAUUUUGUUUGUCAGUAACUUUAAAGCUUAAACAAUUCUCAUACUGCUUGAUUAAAAUGUUAAUGACGUUUGGGCACUCAAAUUUUCUGUUGUCCAUUUACAUGGAUAAUUUUUCACAUUUGUACAGAUCAAACACAUGAUGGCCUUCAUCGAACAAGAAGCUAAUGAAAAAGCUGAGGAAAUUGAUGCCAAAGCUGAAGAAGAAUUCAACAUAGAGAAGGGUCGAUUGGUCCAACACCAACGUCUCAAGAUCAUGGAAUUUUUUGAACGUAAAGAGAAGCAAGUGGAGUUACAAAAAAAAAUGUGAGUGCCUCUGAAGUGGUUAUUGACAAAUUGAACACACCUCAAGGUUAUGGAGUUUCUCUGGAUACACCUAAAACCCAAAUCUAAAUUUUAUUAUCAGUGGUCAAUGAAAUAUUGUAUAUUUAUUUUUAUUUCCAAAUCAGAAUGGGAAUUUUUUUGUUCAAAAAGAUAACUGUAGAAAUUAGUAUAAAAUUUUAAUUUUAUAAAAGUUUUAGAAAGUAAAUAUAAUCCAAAAUAUGUAUUAUGAAUUACACCAAAUUGAAAAUAUGAUUGAUAGUUUAAUACGUACUAUAACAAUUUUGAAACUAGUUGGGUUAAAUGCACUUAAAAUGCUUACAAAUGUCAAUAAAUGAUUUUAAAAAAAAGAAAUGGUAAUGGGGUUUAAAAAACUCCCUUCUAAUGAAUCUAACUUAUAAAACACAAUUUUCUAAUUGCAAAAAUGAUUAAUACAAGGUAAUUUUUUUAAAUAAAAUUAAAUUUAAUAAAACAAAAAAUUAGGUGUUAUAGGGGUAAUUUUUAAUAUUUAUUUAGGGCUUUCUGAGUUUUAAAGUGACUUUUGUGUAUUCUAAGGCCUAUAUAAAUCUGGUUCCUAUUAAUUAAACCAUAUUUUGCCAUAAUAAUUUAUUUUCAAAGAAUUUAUAUUAGAAAAAAACCAAGAGAAGUACUUUACAUUAAAUUUUUGUAAAAAAAAAAAUAUAGGUAGCUUUUAAAUUUGUGGUUUAUUAAUAGUAUAUUUGAAGUUGUUUUAAUAUAAUUAAUCCUUUUUUUUAAUUGGAUAUAAUUAUUAUUUGUUGAUUAUGGUUUAAAUUUUAUACAAAUGAUGUGUUAUGUAUAUCAUUUUUAUGUAAUAAUUUAUUUUAAUACAUUUAGCCAAUCUUCUAAUAUGUUGAAUCAAGCACGUCUUAAGACAUUGAAAGUACGAGAAGAUCAUGUUGGCGAUGUCUUGGAUGAAGCUAGAAAACGUCUAGUCCAAGUAACAUCUAACCCUGAUUUGUACAGAGAAGUUCUCAGAAAAUUAAUUUUGCAAGCCAUUUUGCAGGUUUGUAAUAAAACAAUUAAAUAUAGACAAAUUAGAAAGCAAAAUGAGAAUUUUAAUUUGAAAUAUAUUUAAUAUGUAUUAUAACUAUAUUUUGAUUAACAGUGAUCAAACAGAUAAUCUUUUUAUGUAUCUUAUAUUCUAAGUAAUAAUAGUCCAAUUUACUGUAGUAUUUAUGAACAAUUCUAUUGGUUUUGUUAAAGUGAAUUGACUACAAAGUGAUUCAUUAUGUGACUAUAGGUAUUUGAUAUUUUAAGAAACAAGCAAUUCUAAAAUGAUGUUACAUUAAGUUUAUUUUUUAUUAUUUUAAUGACAUUUUUAAUAUCUGUGAGUGAACCUGUUAACAAUAUAUUCCCCUUUUUUAAGUUUUGGUACGGGGUAACUUUCUUCCUACUCAAACAUAAAAGUAGAAUAUCUUAUCAAUAAAAAGCUGAAGGAAAUUCAAAUUUUCAGCCACUUAAAUUUAUUUAAACUAAUACUCUAUUUAUUUAUUUUUAUUUUCAAAUAAGUCAUUUGAAAAUCAAACAUGGAUUGUCGCGUUAACCCCAAAAAUAAUUUGUUAAUAUAAAAUUGUAAAGUUGCUUGUUUCUUCUUCUUUCUUAAAUCUUUAAAAAAACAAAAUUGUUUGAAAAUAUUCAAGACUUCCGAAAUAUUGAGUAUAGCCACUUAUAUGGAUCACCUACUAAUAAUUUUGCUGAUUUUACUUUUUUAAUAAUUUUUUUCAGUUGUUAGAGAAAAAUGUUACAUUACGUGUCCGUGAAGUUGAUGUAUCAGUAGUGGAAGGAUUAUUAGAAGAAGUGACAGCAGACUACAAGGCGGUAUCCCAGAAAGAUGUAAAUCUGAAGUUAGACACUGAUUCAUAUUUAGCGCCACAAACUUGCGGUGGCAUUGAGUUGUUGGCACAGAGAAAUAAAAUUAAGAUUUGCAACACAUUGGAAUCACGAUUGGAACUUAUUGCACAGCAAUUAGUUCCAGCUGUCCGAACUGCAUUAUUUGGUCGUAAUCCAAACAGGAAAUUUGCAGAAUAAUUUUGCUGACCUUGCAGCAAAAACAUGCGUAUUAAUACAUAAAAAAAACAACAUUCUAUUUUUAAAAAUUUGUUCGCAUUCCAUUCGGUAUAAUAUUUUUAAUUAUAAAAAUUAUAACCAUCCCAUCUAUUUAUAGUUUAGACCUCUAUACCCAUUUAUUUCAUUUUAGUUUUCAUAUUUUAAGAUGAAUUGAGUGAAUUUUUUUUCUCUUUGUUGUAGUUUUAGUGUAACAAAUUAUACGUGUAAAUUGUUGUUUAAUUCAUUAAUAUACACAUUAUAUUGAUAUUGUUAUUACUGUAUUUUUUGAAAUCUAAUAAAAUAUUUAUUAAAAAAUUAAUCAGAGUAGAGCUAAUUCAAGUUUCUGUUCACAAUGUCAUAUUUAAAUGUUAAAAAAAUUAAAUUAUUUAAGUAACAUUAGUGCUAAAUUUCCUAUAUAUAAAAAGAAGUUGCAUGCUAAUUUUUGGUUAUUUUUUAUAUCCACAAAGUAAGCAUACUUUGCUUAUAAUUUAAAAUAUAAAAAAUUUAAUUCUAUUUUACAUUUCAUUAUAUGUUCAUAUCAAUACAAAUGUUUGUAUUAUUUUUAUUUUGUUUAUACUUAUACAAUUCAUUUGGGUUUUGAAAUAUGCUCAAAAAUGUAAUAGAAGUUUCAUCAUAAGUUGUUCUUAUGGUACUAUACAAAUUUAAAAAAAAUCCAUAGUCACAUUAUUUCAUACUUAUGUCGAGUGCAUUCACUAAUCAGUUACGUACAUGUAUAAUUUUUUCUGUGGUUUUAUUAGUUAUAUAAUUUAACUUUUAAUUAAUUUCAUAUUUAAUUUUGGGAACGUUAUAAGCCAGGUUUGAACAUAAUAUCACUAAAAACAUUAAUUUUAUCGCUUUAAUAUGGGAGUCAGAAAAAAGUCAGAUUUCAUUUUUUUAGGAAAAAAGUUAAUUUAUAAAUAAUACAAAUAAUGAAAGGU